AACACGCACUCCUCUUAUUUCAUCCCCUGUUCACUAUCGUCAUUUACAUUCUAGGGUUUCGCUGGAGAUUUUUCAUAAUCAGCGACGGAGAUCUUCGGCGGUGACUAAUCUCUCUAGAUUCACGGCGGCGAUAGGCGGCGAUAUACACAUCUUACAGGGGAUUCAAUUGGGAUACUGAUUUCGGCGUUUGUAUACUGAUUUCGGCUACACAUGGCUUUGUCUGACUCAUCUCGUGUUGGAUUUGAACCUACGGCAUCUGAUGAUCAUCAUACAACAUUGUCUGCAUACAAUCCACAUCCCGAUUCUGGUUUUUUUGGCCCAUCUGAUGUCAAUUUCAAUCCUAUUUCUGCCGUGGGUCCAUCUGAUGUUGAUGUCAAUACCUUACCUGCAGUUAAUCCAAAUGAAAGUUGCAAUCCUGUGUUUACAACAGUUGCAAAUCGACACACCUUUCAUGGGUUUGAAAUACAGACGUUUGAUUCCAUGUUUACACCAGGCAACGUAGGCUCUGAGACUGCUAAUUUACCUGAUCAAUCAUUAUCAGUUGACACUGCAUCUACUGUUUCUCGAGGAUUUUAUCAAUGGGACGGAAGUUUCAUCUCUUUUGGACUGCAUUCGUCUGACAGCAGGACCUUUGCAUGCUCUUGAUGCUGCAACACGUCCUGCAUGGGCUGCUCCGGUUUCUGCAGUUUCUGGUGCGGCUUCAUCUAUCCCGACACUAUCAAGAGCAAAUGUUAAUGGGCAAAUGCCAAAUGGUACAAACCCAAAUGUUGGUCAUGUCUAUGGUCCCGGUACGGGUCCUGGUGGAAACCCUGGUGCAUCUGCCAUGUUAACUGCUUCUACUGUGGCUAGCGGAGGUGGCAUGGGAAUCGUUCCUAGUACUCUGUUACCGAUUGAUGUGUCGUUUGUUCUUCGUGGCCCGUAUUGGAUUCGGAUAAUAUACCGGAAAUAUUUUGCGGUUAACAUGAGGUGCUUUGCGGGUGAUCAAGUUUGGUUGCAACCUGCAACGCCACCGAAAGGAGGUCCUACAGUUGGAGGUUCUUUACCCUGUCCACAGUUUCGGCCCUUCAUCAUGGAACAUGUUGCUCAGGAGUUGAACGGUUUAGACCCGAAUUUCGAUGGUGGUCAACCAUCAGCCGGACCAACUAAUUCCAACAAUUCGGCUGCGUCUCCUGGUCCGCAACUCUCAGCCCCAAAUGUCACCCGAGCAGGCCCUACGGUAAUGUCUCUCCCAGGAAACCAACCCGUGGGAUUUAACCGUUCUACAAAUGCCAUGUCAGCAUCACCAAAUUCACUCUUAGUGCGCAGAGCUACUGUGACAGUUCCUGCUCAUGUUAGAGGAGAGCUGAAUACCGCCAUUAUCGGGCUUGGGGACAAUGGUGGUUACGGUGGUGGUUGGUCCAUCUGCUGAUAAUACACUUGACAGUCACAAUACACCUACAAAUACAGAACAUCAAGAGUUGCAAUUCAUUCGAUUUGUGACUAAAGGAACAAUUACGACUUCUACACCUAAUAGCACACCAUAUUGGAUACCCGAUGUUGAUGCUGCAUACAUCCCUAUUAUAAACAGUACGUUUAACAGUUGGGAGUACGUUGAAUCCAAUGAUACUGAUGAAGAUGUUGAUGAUGAUGCUAAAGACCCUGCAUAUAUAUAUGAACCUGAGUAACCUCGUAGACAUUCAUCCAGGCGUCAUAAAACAUUCAACGAUUCUUGAUUAUCCUAUAUAUAAUGACAAAUAGUUUCUAAUCAUUAUUCUUUUUGUUUACAAACAUUUUGCACUGUCUGUAUACGUAUUCAUAUGUUAUGAUUGUGAUCAUGAUACUUUGAUAUCAAUUAAAUUACUUA